AUGAAACCGCUGGUAAAAAUAGAGCAAUACGAUAUCACAGAAACGAUACUUACUAAAGCACCGGAAAGAUUUGCUCAACCAUGUAAGCAAUAUAAAGGUCAAGAUUGGGAAGAAUUAAAAUGCUCCAAUACUGCUUUCCUCUGGAAAGGUGUAACCAAUACUCUUAAACGAUUUGCAUCUGUACCAGAUUGGGUUGUUCGUCUUGAACAAUUAUUCACGAUUAUCGAAAUAUUUGAUAUUAAAGAAUUAUCUGAAGCCGGCGAUUUUCUAGAAUUCCUCAAAAGUAUUGCUGAACGUGAUAUAGAAAAUCUUAUUAAUGGAUACGUGGAUAUUUAUUUCGUCCAGCAACUUUUACUUGAAUUGAUGAAUAAAGUGAAAUCGAAAGAUAUAAAUAUUAAAAAAUUUCUUGCCGAUUUGGCUUCCAUCAAUGCCGAUAACCCUACAUUAGUUGGAAAAUUACUUUGCGUUCAAGUUGUAAUAUGGCUAUACAAAAUAUGUGAAGUUACUAAAGAAAAGAUUCAAAAUGCAGUUAAAAAAGGAAAUUAUUCAUUUGAACGUAUUGGCAAAGAUAAAAAGUUUACUGUUUCGUUGACAUAUCUCUCCGAAGGGAUAAACAAAAGAAAGGAUGCAAAUGAAGAACAGAUAGAAAAGACCCAAAUAAUGGAUGAAUUUAUUCGUCAAAUUGAUUUGGUUCACGAGAUUUGUAAUGUUGGAGUUAAACUCAUACAAAUGGGAAAUUUUGGCUACCGGCAAUACAAGAAAUUGAUUUCUGAUGGCAAUAAGAUUAAAGAAUUAGCCGAGGAAAAUAUCGUUGAUAAAACACAGAAAAUUCAUUAUUACUUGACAUUUUCCCCUGCUCAUCAUAUUUUAACUUUUCUUGACUAUUUCACUAACGAUGAACCAGCCAAUGGAGAGAUUUGUAAAACUCUUAUCCGAUUUGUGAACGACAAGGCCAGAUUGGUGCCAAUCAAAAAAGGUGAUUUUAAAAUUUCACAACAAAAUUAUUUCGAAAUUCUUUGCGAAAUUGGUGCCAAGAUUAAAAAUAUAUUCGGUGACAUUCCAAUUCAACUACGUCCACUAAAAACAAAAGGUGCAGUAGUUCCUUCUGAUAUAGUGCAUAGAGGAAGGUUAUUCAUUGCUACUUGUAAUGAUAAAUUAUUAAAUCCAAAUAUCAUCAUGUCAAUUUAUACAAAUCAAGAAUAUUUUCCUGAGCCAUGGCAAAUUUUGAUUUGCAAAUCAUCCACUACUCUGGAGGAACUUUCAAUUGUCCAAAUGUUGGAUGU